UCCAACCUGCUUCAGACGACGCCCCACCGCCCGUGAGAUUUCCACCGAGGGCCGCGCCAAGUCUGCCGUGCGUCUUUUUCGCUCCGGCGGAAAACCAUCGGGCUCUUAUUACUGUCGGGCUGCGCGCUCGGGCUGCCCACGGCAUCACUUCAGCAAUAACAGGAGGGGUGCCAGCCACAAGAAGAAGAGGAGGAGGAGGAGGAGGAGGAGGAGGAGAGGAAGGGGUGGUGAGAGUAUUCCGAAUUGACGCUCAGAAAUAAACAAGGAGACACCCUGUUUGGAAGACGUCUGUGGCGGGAAGCGACAGGGAUCCGCAACUGAGAUGGCUGAGGUGUCACAAGAGGAGAGACUCCAGGCCAUCGCUGAGAAGAGGAAGAGGCAGACAGAGAUCGAAAACAAGAGGAGGCAGCUGGAUGAUGACCGGCGGCAACUCCAGCAUCUCAAGUCAAAGGCGCUGAGGGAGCGCUGGUUGUUAGAUGGAGCUCCAGCGGAGGAGGAGACUCAGAAGCGUCUGCAGGAAGACGAGGUGAAGACCAAACUCCUGGAGCAGGUCAUCCUCAGGCUGGAACAAGAGAUUGAAGAGCUGGAGACAGACGCGCCAGCCAAUAAGGGUGUGGCCAAAGAAAAUGGAGGUGAGAAUGGUGUAGUGCAGACCUCUGGUCAGACCCCCAAGAGAGAGGUGACAGGGAUUGAGGCCAAGCUGCUGGGUCCCAGUCCUGACCAAGCUAGCGCCGACAACCCCGUGACCCUGGUGUUCAUGGGCUACAAGACCGUUGAGGAGGAGCAGGAGACCCGCACGGCCUUGGGAAUGGAAGGGGUGGAUGGCAACGUCAAGGCUGAGUUUGUUGUGAUCGAGGAUGGGGAGGGGAAGGCCGGUGGAGAGGCAGCCACGGCAGAGCAGGCUCCACCCAACGGGAGCAUGGCGGAGAAAGAAAAGGCCAACGGUGGCGGAGAGGACGGAGAGAAGGAGAAGGAGAAGAAACAGACCUGCAAAUGCUGCACGGUCAUGUGAGCUGUGUGUGUGUGUGUGUGUGUGUGUGCGUGCAUGCGUGCGUAUGUGUGUGUGUGUGUGUGGGUGAGCGCACACCUGCUCCUGUGCAGGCACGUGUGCCAUCGCAUGUGUCCGUAUUUGCAGAUGUGCUUAAUUUUCUGUAUGUGGAGGAGUGUGUGUGUGUGUGUGUGUGUGUGUGCCAGGACUGGAGAGAAAUACAAAAAACGUACAGUUCCACAGCCAAUAUACCAACAAUGAGAGCUAAUACGAGCUCCAGCUACAACAAGAACCACAAAGACUCAUAAGUACACUUUACUCUGUAUACUUUCUCUGAUAUGUAUUUGACUUUUGGUUUCUAUUGAUAUUUUUCUAUUUUUCUGUCUUGACAUUUAUAUUGUAUUCAGUAUGUAUAUCUUUAUUAUGGGACUGUGUACUGUAAGUUCAUUGUUAUUAUUGUUGGAAAAAAAGAAAAUGUAUUAGCUCUCUGGAUUGUACUGCUACCCACUGGGGGAAAUCUGGAAACUUUAAAUCAUUUAAGUCAAAACAGCAAACUAUGAAGGACACAGAUACUUAAAAAUAUAUAUAUUUCUCUGUGUAGGCCUACCAAUUAUUUAUCGGUCAAUUUCAUAUUGCAAUAUUGUCUAAGAUAUUAUUUUAAAUAGUAUUUUAAUAUAUUGAUAUGAAAUUAUGUUUUAUACAAUGUAUUUAUUGUUUUUGGUUCUCUGUAUCAUCUCCAAACAUUAACUGCAUGUAAGCUUGUAAGCACUACCAGAUUCGCGUUACAAUCAUAGAAAGUGUCUGCGCUCUCUUAGACUCAUACGUGCUCAUAUCUUUAGUCUUUCUAUCAGUAACAGCUCAUAUAAUUGGCAGGUUAGAGAUGUGUAUUAAGUUUAAAAAGAAAUCUGCAGCACGGAGACAAAGAGGCUAGUUAGCGCGUUAGCUUCUCAUAGAUACUACGUGUGACACAUGUACAUGAGGAUCACAGCUUUUCUAUUUUUUAAAAAUAAGACGGCUACACUCACUUUAUGUUCAGCAGAGUCGUGACGAACCAUCGCGCAACGAUUUAGAACACGCAUAAAUGAUUUUGUUCUCUCAACAGUAGACUCAAUGUAAAUCUAAUGAGGUAGCACUGCAUGAAGCCUUGCAACUGUUCUGAGUGUCCUGUCACUUGUUAGGUCUUUAUUAUACGCUAUCAUGUUCACAUGAAUGUAAAUCCAGGGGUUAAAUUGGGAUUCGUUGUACCAUAACGAGAGGAGGCGGGUUUGCUCCGCUCGCCGUAAAGAAAAGAAAAAAAGAAAAGGAGAGGAAAAAAAAAGCUUUUUGUCUCUUUAUGAACCAAAUAAAAUCUGAUGAUACUGUAAUUUCACUGUGUGUUGGUCGGCUGCUGGUUUCUGUCCUGCUCGCUCCCAGUUUAACCCCUGACUCUUUGUCUGUAGACCUGGGCCCAAUAGCACUCGAAAAAGAAAAACUGGGUACCUUAAAUCUCUUGAACACAAGGUAAAGAAUUUAGUCGAGCUUAGAAAUAGGCCAUAUUCUGUAAGAAAAAACAUUUUGAACUGUGCAGGUUGCUAGCAAGACAAAUCGUGCAUAUACACUAUAGCAAGUCAGAGCUAAAUGCAGUAGAGGUUAUUGGACGGUCUGGGUCGGCGAUUCCAUGCCACCAAUGUUUCCGCUCCCCAUGUCUCUGAUUCACCCACACAUCAUCACCCUCAUCUCACUGUCUCGUCCUCGUCCAACAAACGCAGCCCCACCUUCUAUGCUCGGAGACACGCAGUUCAAAAACCUCUGAAGUUGGUGCUAAUCCUAAAUCUCGUCUGACGCCCCCCCAUCCACCAACUGUCUCUUUCUUUCAGCGCGGUCAAUCUGUCUCGCUCAAAUCGCUGGUGAGGGGGAUUGUGGGAAUCUACUGCCUCCUUGUUGAAUAAGAGAGUCUUUCGCAACCUUCAGUGCCAGAUGCAUUCUCUCAAGUCCUGCCUGCGUUUACCACCAGAGAAAUGCUCCCUUCUAACAUUCCAGAGGGAGGUCAACAGGCGUGGGCAGAUCAAAUAUAGUCUAUGCUUUCCAUAUGUACAGUUCCACUGUAAUUGUACGACUUGCAACUUUCUUUCUUAUAUUGACUCUCAUGUUUUUCUUUCCUAUGGCCUCUUUGCAAGGCGGUAUAUUGUAUUUGAUGUGUGUGUGUUUUUAAAAAAAAUGAUGACUACAUCUGUGUAUUGUUGGUGCCUUUGUCAGGUUCAGUUGGUUGGACUUGUCUGUCUGCUGCCAUUUUUAGACCGGGGUUUCUACGUGCUCUGCUCCUGGUCAUGACGACCCACUGGAAACACUGCCUUCUAGUCUAGAGGGUCACCACACAACUACGACAGAUCCUACUCGUUUUUCACGUGAUCAAUAAAUGCAGCUCAGCCUAUAGGUAGUAUUCAGACUACUGUUGGUGUCUUGAAAGCCUCCACACAUAUAAGAAACCACACCCAAAGUUUAACAUUUUGCUGGGAUACAAGCUUUAUGCAGUAGACUGACUGACAGUUUAUGUAUUUAUGUACAGCAUACACACGUGUGCAUAUCUAUAUGCACACAUACAUCUGUGUACAUAGAAAUACGUGUACAUUUGCUGAGCUAAAGCUUUGCAUACUAGUGGGUCUCUGGGACAGCAGCAGAAAAAGCAACCUUGUGUUAGACCAAUGCCUGUUCAUCUAUUCUGUGGUCGUCUCAGUGUUUAAUCUUGAAUAAAACUACUGUUUGUU